ACAUAUUCAUGUUUUUUUGCUCUUGAAUUUUGAGUUUUUUGUGGACUAUCUCUGAAUUUUGAGUUUUGUUUGAACAUACGUGAGUGCGAUGUUUCUGUUUGUCGUUCUUUCUCUCCUCGCGCAUUGCUCUCUCUCUCUCUCCUUCUACAUCCCUCGCUCGCUCGCUCUCUCUCCCCAUGACUCCUCUCCUCUCUCAGCCUUCGGUGACCAGGUCCGGCAGAGACACCUGUACACAGAGAGUAAACACAGGAGCUUCUUCCUGGAGAUUUUUCCAAACGGCACCGUCACAGGAGCACCAACACAGACGGAGCACACUGUGCUGGAGCUGAAAGCUAUUAAACCUGGUCGGACGGCUAUUCGGGGUGUGGUGUCAUCGCUCUACCUCUGUGCAGAUGCCUCCGGUCAGCUGAUAGCACUGAGUGUGUUUUUGGAUGCUGACUGUUCCUUCACUGAGCUACUACAGCCUGAUGGAUACACCCACUUCCUGUCUGCACACCACAAACUUCCUGUGUCCCUCACUUUAACACACAUGUUCCCCUACUCCCAGUUUCUACCGCUCAGAAACAGUCUGAUUAUAGAGACUAAAGCAGAUGAGCAGGACAAUCCAGAACACUUUGAAGUAGAGGCAGAUCUGGACUCAGAUGACCCGCUCAGAUUCAGACAGACCGUCCAGAACCUCAGGAGUCCAAUUUUUCACAUGGAACGAUAA